AGCGGAGAGGGCGGCGUCGUCGGCGAGGGCGGACUGCCAAGUGGUGUCGUUGUCGUCGUCUUUCGCUGAUCCGCUUCUCAUCUCGCACCGAACAUCUUCAAGAAGCAAGAUCUCUGGCAGGCGUCCAGCAUAGAAGCAGCUGUCAAAGAAGCUCUCGGCACGCCUUCGGAACACCUGUCAAGACGCAGGGCGCCCGUCGAACUUUGAGACCUCGGCGUUGCGAUGAGCUCCAGAAAACGAUCCCAGCGCAAAGCGUCGAGUCUGGCGACGGCAGCCAUCUCACUGCAGUCAACCGACCAGUACGAUGGCGUAGGACGCUCUGCAGCAGGUCCGAGCGUCUUGGCAUCGAAGCCGCUGACUGUCCAGCAGCGACAGCAACUUGACGAAGAACGGCGCGAGCACGAGGAGAAGGAACGACAGAGCAAGAGGCGUAAGGUCCGAAAGCGACUCGAUGAGCUCGAGCGCACCAACUACCGCGACGCCAUCUCGUCGAGCCGUCCUGGCAUCGACUCAGCAUCUCGUAAUGAAGCAGAAGGAGUAAGCAUCCCCAAUUCAGUCUUGGAAGAAGCAGUUAAGCAUCACAAAGAGCCAUCAGGUAGCAGACUUUCUCUAGCCAUCAGCGAUGUGCCGGGGGAGGGAGACAGGCCGUCUUCAUCGGCGCCUCAGCGCAAACAAAGCGCCACGGUGAGGAGGCUGCUCAACUAUCGCAGAGGGUACUACUCCCUACUCGAAGACGCGGCAUCGGAUGAAGUCUUCACAUCAGCUGCGUGCAACUACGACUCAGCAUCCGCGUCCGUGGACCCGCUGCUCAGCCUGUCAGUCUCGCAAGGCAAGGGCACAUCAGGUGUGAUACCGACUGCAGGCCUCAUCUAUCCUCGUCGGCCACCCUUUUGCACCGUUUGCAGCCAAGCCGCUUCGGUCAAUUGCCCGCGUUGCGGAGACCGCACUUGCGCAGCAUCUGCUUGCCUCGAGACCCACAACGAUGCUCGUUGCGAUCGUCCCAUUCGAUGAGUGUGUGGAGCGAUUCACUCUGUCACCACCAGUGUUUCUGCUCACUUCCAUCUCUCGUCGCAACCUCAAUGUGUAUUUUAGUUCACCUCUCGCUCCCCUCUUGCCUUCUUGUCGUCGUCUCGCUCGCUCCGGAUCUCAAAAGCCGUGCCCGUCGACUCCGCCCCACAUCGUGCCACUCAAUUCGA